AUGAGCAACGGGAUUGAUAGAGUUCUCGGUGGCAUUUAUGUCGGAUCGGUCCAGCCGAUCAUCGAUCAUGUCCCUUUAAAGGUCGAAUAUCACAUCACACACAUCUUGUCAGUGAUGAAAUUCCAGGUACUUCCUGAAUACCUGGUCAGAAAGAGCUACACGCUGAAGAACAUCCCGAUCGAUGACGAUGAUUCAACGGACAUUCUGCAGUACAUUAACGAGACUAAUACAUUUUUGGAUCACUGUCUGUUUCCGCAUGAACCCGAAUACAACCCGCAAAUCGUGGACUUUAAAAAAAAGCCUCAGAAGAGUGCUGUGUACGUGCACUGCCAUGCAGGCGUAUCAAGAUCUGUCACCUUUAUCGUGGCCUAUCUCAUGUACCGGUACAGGUUGAAUUUCAAGUCAGCGUUGUACGCCGUCCAGCGGAAACACCCAGGAGCUCAGCCCAACGACAACUUCGUGGAACAACUUAAAAUCUAUGAAGGCAUGGGUUCUUGUUAUGUCGACGAUGAAGACCAGGCUUACAAAGUCUGGAAACUAGCGAACUCUGUGAAAAGCGAUGCCACGGGCGAAACCAUUUUGGCCCAAGAGGAGACUUUCAAGCACAGUGAUCAGAAGAGACUCCAAAAAAUGACCCCAGAAGAACUUGCUAACGUCACCGUCAUACGUUGCAAGAAAUGUAGAGCGCAUUUGGCGCUGUCUACCUCUUUCAUCCAACACGAACCACCGAGCAAAGAGUCCACCGAGGGUCAUUUCAUCAAGCGAGCUGCUGGAGGUAGGAGGAUUAUAGAUAUCCAGCAGUCUCAGGAAAUGUGUUCGCAUUUUUUCGUGGAGCCUUUGAACUGGAUGAAGGACGAACUGCAGGGCAAACAAGAGCUUGAAGGAAAAUUCAGUUGCUUUCACUGCUCAGCCAAAGUCGGUGCUUACAACUGGAAGGGGUCUAGAUGCAGUUGCGGUAAAUGGAUGGUCCCUGCCAUCUAUCUGCAGAAUGCCAAAGUAGACCAAGUAGCCCAUACCAAGCGGGUGUUGCCAAACCUGGUUGGGUCGGAAGUGGUCAGACCGCAAGCUUCGUAA